AUGAGUACGGACUCCGCCUCUGAACACAACAAGUUCAUCCUCGAAACGGAGAGUCAAAUCAGGUCACACUUCAAAAAGCCUGAGCGCGAACUCAGACGCUAUCUUGAAAAGACUUUUGCCAAGAUCUCGGAUGCUCGUUGCAACAUCACAUUUCGCUCCAUCUUUUUGCGCUGUCUCAUCGAAAGAUUCGGGGAGGCCAGCAAAGCAGAUCCACCCGAGCCGGGCGAUUCAGACCAGACCGAGUCCGGGUGGGACGGGUUCGCUAAAGCCUGCGCCCAUGGUGGUCUAGCGAUGAAAUCAUUAUUGGAGACAUUCAAGCAUGAAGAGGUAACAGAUCUCAGGGAAGAAGAUUCGCGCGAAAUGACCGUGCCAUUCAUGAUAAUGAAGGUGUUCGAACUCCUCCUGUCGUCUGGUGACCCCGACGAGCGUAUCGUCCUACAUGUGACGCUUCUGGGAAAUGGCUACGUUGGCCUACUCUUGCAUAAUCUACAACGUGGCCCGCUCGUCUCUCAGCUAAUCGCCUCUCAGAGACUAGAGAGCCUCGCAAAAGACGCAUUUCUAUUCAACAAGAUGGAUCCGUCUACUGCUGCCCUUAUCUUGGAACCCCUCUUUCUCUGUGCUUUGCGAGAUCCAAAAGCAUGUUCAGGGCAGCUGGGAAAGCCAUGCGUACAUUGGCAGCGCCAGCUGGAUCACGAGCUAGAGGACAUCGGUUUAUGGGACCGAAAUGAAGACACUCGUAGAUGCAUGGCUACACGUCUGUUCGGGCGGGUUCAGGAGCAAGUUAUCAAAGCACCCCUCAAGCUUUUAACAAUGCCACCGCUCCCUCCCCCGGACUUUCGCCUCGCCGUUGUCAAAUGCAAACCGAUUAUCCUCGAUCUUUUGCUCGAUUGUACACUACUGGAACGUCCAAGGUAUUAUCCGGAGUCCAAUGUGGUUUACUUGGCUUGCUCUACUAUCGUCUCGUUGCUGGACCAUUCUUCCUACAUUAUACCAGGUAUUUCAAUACCAGUCGACCGGGCAUUUCCUUCACGCGAUUCCAGGUCUAUUUCUCAAGCUCUGCAGAUCUUGACAUCUCGUCAUGAGUGGUCAGAGCGGAUUAUCGAUGCGUACUCAAACCUUGAGGAUGAGGGUGAUAUCACAGUGAUACCAGAGGAUAUCCGUAACCUCGACGAUAUACUUCCUCACGAGGCAGAGAGGGAGAAGAGGAUACAUCAAAGUCUCGUGAAAAAGCCCGAUACACGUGCAAAAUCCCGUUUCUGCCUUCUUCGGCUUAUAUCGAUCAUCACUCAUACGGCUGACGUCUGUGGCGUCAGAAAUGUUCAGGUCGAGUCAUUCUUGCGUGUUGGUUACAAAGCUAUGAGUAAAGUAGAACAUACCGAAGGUCAACGUGGACAGAAUGUACCGGCACUACCUCCCUCGCAAGGUACAGGGAAAGAUGUCAUUGACGAAGAAACUGGCACUAUCCUUCCGCCGUCGGAGACCUUUUUGGGCGCGAUCACUCUAAUGCGCCUACUUGUAGUCCUCGCGCAGCGUAAUGCCUUGGAUAGUAUUCAGCUUCUUCGAAGUCCCCCAGAUGGACUAUCCUCCUUAACUUCUCUCAAUCAUAUCCAGCAAAUUACUCAUCCAGACAUUAUCCAUCGUACCAUCAACAUCGCUCUCGUCAGGUCGUGGGACCAACUUGACAUUGGAAACAAGAUCGCAAGCUCACUCAGAAGUACACUCGCCAGCAGCUGCGCAUGCCGUGCCUACAGAAACGCGGCCGAGCUGGCUGCAACUAUCGUUGCUCUCGACAAUCACACGGGAGGGCGGUAUGCAACAGAAACAACUGGCUCACGGAGAUUGCUAGCCGGGGCUCUAGGAAACGCAGCGCACACAUGGAUAUACCUAGAUCGUUGGAAAGAGGCGUACUUCUGCGCGCUGGCAGCAGUUGAGGCUGCAGAAGACCCUUUUGUCGCGCAGGCACUUGGUCAAAACGUCGUAGAAAAGAACAAGCUUCGACUUCAGGAAGCAAAGGACGGGCUAGAUACGUACGGGGAUCUAAAGUACAGACACGUAUUGCGCUAA